AUGCCGAUCUGCCCGAUCUCCCUCAUCGCAUUGGGUGCCACGCUGUUGGCACCUACUGUUUCAGGACAGUACUCGCCUCAUUUUCCAGAACCCCCCAACCCGGAGUCCAUCGAGGUUGUCGAGCUCCCUUUGCCUCCUGUCGUUUCAAUCAAUGCUACAGGAGCUUGUACCGCCAAAAUCAACCCCCGAGGAACUGGCUGUAUCGGUGUAGAUACUGGAGGAGAGCAGGACUUCCAGUCAGGAGACUUCACGCCUGAUGGGAAGCACAUCGUGGCCAAUGUGGUCUUCAUCGGUGCCCCUGCAGCUCCAGACCCUGCGAGCAUAUAUGACGGCGAGCAUUUGAUCCUUAUCACCACUGAUGGUACCAACUUUCCUAACGGUGAUCCAUGGAAGUGUAUCACUUGUGGUGUCCCGUCAAAGAAUGCUCCUUGGCUCGAUCCCCAGAGAGACUAUCCUCAUGUCUUUCGAAGCGGUGAUAAGGCGCUGUGGGGUCAUAACAUCAUCUCCUGUGGCGGACAUUCGUUGGCUAGUGAUGGUUGUACUCCGAACAACACUCACAUCUAUCCAAUUCACUGGACAGUGACCGCUGAUGGGAGUGGGAAAGGCGGUUCUCCUCGAGAGAUGCGCCUCCAUCCCGACGAUGAGCACAUGGGCUGGAGCUCCUUCACUAAUACUGGAGGCCAGUAUACUUACUUUGGCCGGCUGGAGUUUAAUGCCGAUCCAAAGGCUGGGGAGCCUCUUGUUCCUCGAUACGACUUGGUUGAUGUGAACAUUCUCGUCGACAAAAAUGGCAAACCUCCCAUGUACGUCGAAGGCGAGAAAUUAACUAUCAACCAUGAUGCGAUUACUUCCGGCGAGCUACGUGGCUUCAGUGGCUCGGGCGAUGAGAUUCUGUACAUCGGAUCACCCGUGGAAGCCAACAACAUCGAUGUCAUGGCCGUCCAUCUUACCACUGGUGCUAUCCGACGCCUCACUAGUCAUCCCGAUUACACUGACCCAAUUACCAUGUCUCACGAUAAUCAGUGGAUUGUUGCUAUGGACACGCGUGUUGUAGGUCGCCAGAUGUUCAUGUCUGGUAUGAGAUGGAUCCCUCCUAUUAUCGAUUACCUCGUUGUUGCCAUCGCUUCUUCAACGCGCAAUAACGGGCCACGAAGAUUCUUUCAGCCGAUCCUCAUCAGUCAUGACGGAGAUAGUGGAAACUAUUUUGGUCAGCAGGUUAAUGCGGACGGCGACGGAAGCGAUGGGAGCGUCAAUGAUCCCAACUGGAAUGGCAGAGCUGACCCCGCUGUGUCUCCUGACAGCACAAUGAUUGCAUACUGGCAAGCUCUUGUGGUCUCUCCUUCUUGCGGCGGUACCAAUCCGCUCCCGUGCCCAGUUUCUACUGCCCAAGGAGGCCGUAACUACCGAGUCAUGCUUGCCCGUCGUACCUCUUUGAAGCCUUCCAAGCCAGCACCUGUCUUUAAAGCUCCCGACUUUAUCCCUUGGGCGAAACCGUUUCCUGCUGGUAGUACAUCACCAAAGCAGUAUGAGAUCCCAGCCGGUAACUAUACACUAGAGGGUCAACUGUCAGGCAUUGCCGAGGUUUCAUUCAUUGAAGACCCCGACACUGGGGUCAUCCAAACUAUCUCGGCUUCCUACAGUAACUAUUCCGAUCACACAGGCUACAUCAUUGACGGGUAUGAGAAGGUUUCUAAGUGGAAGUUACUUCCUAAUGUCUGGAAAGACCGAGUGGAAUGGUUCUCCAACAUCACGCAAACUGGAGUCGUGGACGGUACUAAGGUCACAAGUGAGGACGGGUUUGAGCUUGAGAUUGAUGUUUCGGUGAAUAUCAUGGAGACGAACGGAACAUUGACAACGAUCCUCAAUGGGAUCGAGUACGUGCAACCUGCUGCUGGAACCUAA